AGUGAAACCCAAAGUGGGCUCUUAUUAAAACUUCUAUUUUGUGGAGAGAGCCUCAAGGUCUUCAACCAUGGCGGAUGCAGGUCGUAAGCCCCACAAACCCAUGGACAGAAGAAACAAUUUUUACUCUUCCUCCUCUUCCUCUUACUCCAAUUCUACCAAGUACCGUAAUUCCAACUAUCCCAAACCUUCAGUCUCAAGUAGGGAUAGUUCUUGGAUCACUCCUACUAAGAAAUCCACCACUAGAAAUUGGGAUAGUGAUGAUGGUAGAAGAAAUGAUAAUGAUGAUGGUCAUCAAGAUUAUCCCACUUUAGUGGGCACUUGUCCUUUUAUGUGCCCAGCGGAGGAGAGGGCAAGGCGCGAGAGGUUGCGGGAUUUGGCUGUUUUUGAGAGGCUCCAUGGAAAUCCCGCUAAAACUUCACCUAAUCUUGCAGUAAAAAAGUUCUGCAGAACUAUUAGCAUAAAAGAUGUGCAAGCUUCAGAUGUGCGGCCUGUCCCAGUGUUGGAAGACACUUUAAAUUAUCUUCUCAACUUGCUGCAUUCUAGUGAUCAAUCUUUUGCGGUUGUUCAUGAUUUCAUCUUUGAUAGGACAAGGUCCAUCAGGCAAGAUCUCAGCAUGCAGAAUGCUGUCAGUGAUCAAGUGAUACAUAUGUAUGAGAGAAUGGUCAAGUUCCAUAUUAUAUCGCAUCGCCAUCUUUAUAGAUCUUUUGGGAAUCCAAAUGUUGCUUCUGUGUGUCACCUCAACAUGGAACAGCUGAUGAAAGCUCUAACAACUUUAAGUAAUUUGUACGAAGCAAAUCGAGCUUCACAUUCUAUGUGCCAGAAUGAAGCUGAGUUUUCUUCAUUUUAUCUUCUUCUCCAUCUGGGCUCUGACAAACAAGUUGAACCUUUAUCUUUGUGGUUCCGCAGCAUUCCUUCUCCAAUCAUGAAAUCAAAAGAAAUGUGCUUUGCCCGGAGGCUACUAAGAUAUUAUCGUCUGGGAAAUUACAAGCGAUUCAUUUCUACCUCAGAGAGGGAGGCAUCCUUUCUGCAGUAUUGCAUUAUUGAACCUUACGUCAAUGAGGUACGGAUGUUGGCAUUAUCCUGUCUCAGUUAUGGAGGAUACAAGCUGCAACCUUAUCCAUUGUUGCACUUAUCCAAGCUUCUGAUGAUGAAGGAAUCAGAUGUUGAAUCCCUCUGUGCUGAUUGUGCUCUUGAAACAUCUAGUGAUGGAACUGGAAAGGGACUCGUAGCCACCAAGCAAUCAGUCAUAAAGAAAUCCUCAGGAGGGUUCCAGAAGUACUAUCCCAUGGAAUCAGAACGAAUAGAAAGGUUAUGCACAGAGUUACCAGAGCUUUAGUAGCUGCAUGUAUCAUCGUCUUCCUUGCUCCAAGGAAAGCCGGAUCUUUAACAGGAAAUUCUCUCAUAUACAAAAAACUGACACAUUGGCUUGGAUGGAGACGAGUCAAGCUCUUGACUAAAUGCAUGAAUGGAGAAUCUUGUUUUCUGCUGCUGCCUCUUCCAGGAAGAUAAAUCUUCCUAACUUGCUGCUCUUGUUCCUGACGAUGCAAAGCAUCAAGUGUAGCUGGUGUCGUAUCCAAGAUUAUGCAGGUACUUCACCUUUACCUACUAAUCAUAUUUGCCAAUACGGUAGAGAUUGAUUUCGAGAUCAAGCUAUCAGGAAGAUGGCCGCCCUUCUUGACUGGGCAUGCAAAUCCUCAUUAGGACUCGAAGUUGCCUGCAGAAUUGCAUCCUGUACUAUAGUUCAACUGUGUAUUAGAGCCUGUUGUCUAAAUUGGAGUUCAGUUAUUUGCUUGGAAUGUAACUUUUGACAAUGCAGCCAUAGCGUAUCCACAGACGUCGAUAGUCCAGCAUCGGAACAUUUAUUAUUCUUCUUCUGAUUGUAAGAUUUUGGUGGUUUUGAAGACGAGAGAUAUUAUUAACAUUUGA